CAGACGGCCGAGCGAAGCCGAGGGCGAAGUGCGAAGACUCUUGACCGACUUGAGUCUUGUGUUGUGAUCCCAGCUCCAGCCUCCAGAAACUUUACCCUGUACAACAACAUGAUGGAUGGCAGUUUAGCUGCUCUAAGCGAUAUGGCAUCUCAAGAUGAAGAUGACGAUAGUGAUGACAACUUCUUGUAUGUUCAACCUGCAGCUUUAAAAGAAACAUCUCUUCCAAGCAGGUUUAAAGAAGAUCCCUCUGAAAUGCGAAUUGCACCUAAGACUGAUGAUUUGGAGCAAGUGGAAUCCACAUACAGCAAUCCUUCUUUUGGUACCGUAAAACAACUGAAGUACUCAUUGGAUUGCAUUGUGCAGACAAACAGCAUUCAGGACCAUAAAGAUACACAGCUCACUAAUCUUCAUGAAUCACUGCGUCAUGGCAUUGUUGAAGGUGGAAUAACCAAAAUGGCAGAAGAUGAUGAACGAGAAGAAGAAGACAGAGACUUCAAACCAAAUCAAGGACAGGGCAGAGAAUUUGGUGGUGAAUCAACAGCACUGGAAUCAAGAAAUUUAGAAAAUGUUCCAUUGUUACCAGAACAUGAAAAGACAUUGCAACAAUAUGCAUUGCAGAAUGAAAGCAUUGCCACUCUGCACCCAGGAGAAGACAUCUUCUGCAAUGCCGAUAUUGGCAAGCUUUUCACCUUUCCUGUAGGAUUAUCAUUGUUUGAGGCAAAUGCAAUGGAGAAGCUUGUCAUGACGUCAAGUCCAGAUGAACUAAAGGAAUUGCUGAUGUCUCGGCUUAUAUUAGACAUGUACACAGGGAAGAAAUGUCCAGAUCCAGUCAUGCUGUGGCUUUUACAACUUUUGUCCAUCUGUGAUAGUGAAUUGGUUGCUGGGAUGAUAUUUGAUACUAUGUGGUCACUGAUGAACUCAUGCCAACAUUUACUUCAUAAUGCCAAGCCGUGGUGCCCUAUACUUCAAGAUAUUGCUGCCAUCUUUGUCAACUAUGGUGCAAGAUUGGACUCGAUGUUACCUCCUUCACUAUUUCAGUCAAAUUUCAUCUUUGAAGAUAUCAGUGCAAGGUACGGUCAGGACAAGAAGAAGUCUGAGAUUCCUGGAUGUGAGACCAAACCAAACUGUCUCCCAGGUUACAAUUUGCAGCAAGUUAUAAAGAUCAUUACACAGUGUCUGCUUACACAUGAGAGGAAUCCAUCACUGCAUGAAGAUGAUUUGAUCUCUCUUGCAUACAUGGUUUGCAAAAUCUCCUUGGAUAAACAGCUUGUAAGGUGCCCUGUACAGGUUGAUAUUCAACACUGCAUAGCUGCUAUUCUCAAUUGUUUUCAAGAUCAUACAUGGAAUACCCAGGCAAGGACAUUGUGCAGGAAGCUUGCUCUCUGUAGUGAUCAUCACCACAACCUAGUCCAUUUGGUAAGACUAAUGCGGACCGGCACCCAGAGAGGAAAAACUCUGUGCCCUAUGCUCAGCUGCACUGUCCUGAAAAAGCUGACCAGGACAAGCUUAGUUUUGGAGCUCCAGUGCACCAGAAAUAUUCAAGCAUUUAAGGUGAGUGACCUGAUACCUCUAUUGGCUGCAUGUAAGCCAAGGAGCAAAAUUGAUACUGAUUAUUAUCAACUUCAUAGUCUCAUCACCCUGGUGGAGCUAGCUGUGGGAUAUGAUAGAGAGAUGUACCAGGCAACAGACAAAGAGGCCUUGGCAAGGGUGGUGAUUUUGUUGCGAGACAUGGCAGGCGAUAUUCGAGAGAGCCACAGACAUCUCUGUCGCACUCAGGUCAAGGAUCUCAUGAUUCGCAUUGCAAGUGAACUCACAUACCUGGAACAAACUCUGACAAGGAAACAGCAUGCAUCAACUGACUGAGAUUAAUUUCUUCAGCCAAGGAGUUAUGUAGACCGGUCUUCUUAAUCCUCAGCAUACAGCAGAAUUUUGACAUCUUCCCACUGCUUCGAGUCUUACAGGUAUUUGUCCUACAGAGUCCAGUCAGAGGUGGGUUUAUGUAACUUCAUACAUAAGGGGUUCUUUAGACAGUUUCUUUGAGGUAGUGUCUGGAAGUUUUAUCCAUCACGGUUGUCCAUGACCACGAACUUCUGUUACAACAUACAUUCGUUUGC